UCCGUGAUUCUGGACCAGUGUUACUGAAAUGAUAUUACAGAAGGCCGCAAUUGCAUUGUGUUUGUUGGAUGAAACCCAAAUAUUUAUUUUCAGUCAAGUGGGUAAAACCCCCUAACUGCAGUUUACAUGUGUAGGUCACUGCGUUACUGUGUUAGUCAUUGUCUCUAUGCAGCAAUGACAAGGCUAGAAGAAGCAAACAGAGAAGUGAACAUGCAUUCAUCAGUCAGAUACCUUGGCUAUCUUGCCAGAAUCAACUUACUGGUUGCCAUUUGCAUGGGCCUUUAUGUCAGAUGGGAAAAAACUGCGGACGCGCUGAUUUUGGUUAUAUUUAUUCUGGGGCUCUUUGUUCUUGGAAUUGCCAGCAUACUGUACUACUAUUUUUCAAUGGAAACAGCAAGUCUGAGUCUCUCCAAUCUUUGGUUUGGUUUUUUGCUUGGCCUUCUCUGUUUUCUUAAUAAUUCUGCCUUCAAAACGGAUGUGAAAGAAGAAGCUACUAAAUAUUUGCUCCUUUCUGCCAUUGUUUUAAGGAUAUUAUGUGCUUUGGUUGAGAGGAUUUGUGGUUGUAUUCAUCAUCGACCGACUCUGCUGACAACAGUUGAAUUUUUGGAGCUAGUUGGAUUUGCAAUUGCCAGCACAACUAUGCUGGUAGAAAAAUCUAUGAGUAUUAUUCUGUUGGUCCUGGCUUUGGCUAUGUUGAUUAUUGACUUACGUAUGAAGUCUUUUUUGGCAAUUCCAAAUUUGGCAAUUUUUGGAGCCAUUGCAUCCUUACUCUUUUUUCCAUCACUGCAAAUCCCCACAAACCCAUUUGCCUUGGCAUGUUUCUUCAGCUGCCUGAUUUCAGAUCCCCUGCUCGACGUUUACUUCAGUGGACUUUCAGUUACUGAACGAUGGAAGCCCUACUUGUACCGUGGCAAAAUUUGCAGGCGUCUUUCUGUCAUCUCAGUUGGAGUCAUUGAACUAAUCUUUUUCAUUCUUGCAGCCUUUAAACUACGUGAUUUGGAUCUCUGGUAUUUUGUGAUACCUGGUUUUUCUAUUUUUGGAAUUUUCUGGAUGAUUUGUCACAUCAUUUUUUUUAUAACUCUUUGGGGUUUUCACACAAAACUAAAUGACUGUCACAAGGUAUACUAUACCCACUGCGCAGAAAACAACAGCCUUGACAGAGUUAUGGCAUCUAAAGGAAUGCGUCACUUCUGUUUAAUUUCGCAACAGCUAGUAUUUUUCAGUCUUGUCGCGACUGCUGUUUUGGGGGCCGUUUCUUGGCAGCCAACUAAUGGGAUUUUCAUGAGUGCAUUUCUCAUCGUGUUACCUCUGGAGUCCAUGGCUCAUGGGCUUUUCCACGAGCUGGGAAACUGUCUGGGAGGAACCUGUGUUGGGUAUGCUGUUGUGAUUCCCACCAACUUUUGCAGUCCUGAUGGCCAACCAACUCUUCUUCCGCCUGAGCAUGUACAAGAGUUAAAUCUGAGGUCUACUGGCAUGCUUAAUGCCAUCCAAAGAUUUUUUGCAUAUCACAUGAUUGAGACAUAUGGUUGUGAUUACUCUACAAGCGGACUGACCUUUGAUACCCUGCACUCCAAGAUCAAGUCUUUUCUUGAACUUCGGACAGCAGAUGGACCCAGACACGAUACCUACAUUUUAUAUUACAGUGGUCACUCACAUGGCACUGGCGAAUGGGCACUGGCAGGGGGUGAUGCUUUACGGCUUGACACACUGUUGGAGUGGUGGAGAGAAAAGAACAGCACUUUUUGUUCUCGACUCAUCAUCGUUUUAGACUGUGAGAACUCUCAGCCUUGGGUUAAAGAAGUAAGAAAAGUAAAUGACCAGUAUGUUGCUGUGCAAGGAGCAGAAAUGGCCAGAGUUGUAGACAUUGAAGAAGCAGACCCUCCACAGCUUGGUGACUUCACCAGGCAGUGGGUUGAGUACAACUGUAACCCCGACAGUAACAUCAGCUGGUCCGAGAAGGGACGUACAGUGAAAGCAGUGUAUGGUGUGUCAAAACACUGGAGCGACUACACGUUGCAUUUGCCAACGGGAAGCGAUGUUGCCAAACACUGGAUGAUAUACUUCCCACGUAUCACUUAUCCAUUAGUACAUUUGGCAAACUGGUUUUGUGGUCUCAAUCUGUUCUGGGUCUGUAAAGCGUGUUUUAGGUGCUUGAAAAGACUGAAAAUGAGUUGGUUUCUUCCCACGGUGCUGGACACAGGACAGGGUUUCAAACUUGUCAAAUCCUAAUUAGCAACCAAAGAGAAAGUGAAGUUAGAGCUCUGGGAACUUUCUCACUGUACCGUACUUACAACUUUUUAUAUGACUGUUUUUCUCUGAAAAAGUCUGCAUCACUCACUUUAUUCAGGUCUUUGAGCAGCUACAGUAUAUGCAACAGAUAGAAACUGCAAUCUUAAACAGAAGAGGGUAGGACUAUGAUAUUUGAGUUUUGUUACUUGUCUGUAUGUACAUAGGUAAGAGACUUAUUUAAUAUGACCAUGCAUUUUGGAGACAGUUUGCAUGUUCAUAUGCGUUACUUAAAGCAGCCUUCAUUCAGAGUCACCAGUUUGAUGGACCACAGCUCCUGUGAAUGCUGUAGCAUGCUUGUUUGUCAUUUAUAUCCACUAUAAGACCCAAAUACAGGAAAGGAACCAAGCUAAUACUAAAAUCAAUUUAUAUGUCCUUGAAAUUAUAUGGUAGGGUCAAGGGUAUUAUAAAACAGCACUGAGCCAAAAAAAUAAGAGAGGAGAAUGAAUAGCUACUGUAGGUAAGUAGCUACCAAGAAUCUUUAGUUUUAUUUGCUUUUACAUCUUCAGCCCCUGCCCCAGUUGUCUACUGCCAUCAGUGGAAAUUUGCCACAGAAAACAGGGAACUCGGACAACCUUCUAAUGUUCUGGUGCUGUUCAGACAAUGUUUUCUGAAGUGCAGUUUUAAAAAUUUCAGUGUUACGUUCAAAAUUCGGUAUCUUGCUGGUGAUCUUUUUUAUUAUUAUUUAUUUAUUUGGUAAAUACUCCCAGUAGUUAAUUCAUAUAUGGAAUAAAAAGUGCACUGAGAGUUUUUCCCUUGCCUGUUAGGGUGGCUCUGUCUUUUCCAGGCUCUUAUUAGUUUGUAUUUUGGAAAGCUAUUCUGAAGAAAAAAAAAGAAAACCCAAGGAAUUUAACAAAGAAAAUAAUACAUAGAUAAAAAAUGGAAAUACAAGUGUUUCCUUGUUUCCAUGUUUAUCUGAAGUCUUCGCUGUGCCUAAGACCUUGAUUCUGUAAAAUGCUGAGUACAGGACUGGACUGAUGAGUUCAUUAUCUAGUAAAACCACGAGCCAAGUUUGCCAGAAAGAAUAAAUUGUUCCCUUAGGACAGGAGUGAAUCCAGAGUAUUCCUCAACUCUGUUCUCCCAGCCAUAAGGUCCUAAUCUUAAUCUUUCCACUUACAGAGCUGGAUGGGACUCCAGAAAUCCUGCCCCAGCCUUUCCUCUUCAGUCAGAGAAGCUUCAUAGCUUUCUGACCUUGUUUUCUCAAGCACAGAAAAUGAGGAGUGAAACAGCUUUGUAGCUAAGACAGUACAGUUUCUGGUGGGUUUUUUGCAUAUGUGUGUGCAAUCCAGUUAGACCUAGAGUUUACUUUUUUCUGUUUCCAUCAGUAUUUUAAUAAAAAUAUUAGGCAUUACCUGGUAUUUGUCUAAAAUAUAACUUAUUAGUUUUUUUUAAUUUAAAUACAUGAAAAUACUUUAGGAGCUCUUUAAGUCUUUGCCAUCAAGGGUUUGAACUUUUUAGCCAGCUAAGUUAGAGGAUGUGCUAACACCGAUACCCGUUAGUAACCCCAGAAAAUAAAAUGUGUGAUUAAGUUAUGAGAUCUGUAAUAGCCAGAGUAAUUUGCACCCACCAACUUAAAAAAAUGGUGAUUUUUGUAGGGUUUACAAGUGACAGCCACUAAGUUUCUGCAUUAGUGUGUAUUACACAACUUUGUUUAGCACAACACCACUCCCCAGCCAGCUUUGCCUUUCUCUGGCCCCUUCUAUAAAGUGAAAAGGGGACAAAGAAAUGAGAGAUGAGAAAUCCUACCAAGACUCAGUUCCAUUGGGUCUUCUCUAAGUACACGCUGUGAUUGCAGUUCUGUCACGGAUUCAAGAGGAGUCAGUUCUCAGUAAGGACAGAGAGUAACCUUACCAUCUAAUUUCAGGUAUCCGGCCUAAGUUCCUAAUGUGGGAGCCUGAGGUAGGAGUCAUCUCAUUUAAAUUCCAGUGUCUGAAAGCUAGAUGUCUGGAUCCAUGCCAGUGACCUGAAGUGCUCCACUGCUCCUUAACAAAGAGAAUUAAAUAUUUCUAGAGGAAGACUCAUUUGAUCUCUAUUUUAGGAUGAAUUUUCCUGUGAUUGUGCCUAUUAGAUUUAUGUUUGUUUUGCUUUUGUAUGCCAAAGGUCAAGCAGACAAAUCCCUUAUGUCUGUUUAAUAAUCCUAGAGCACUUCUGUUCUAAGUCCUCCUCUGGAGCCUGGGCUGGGUACAUAAGCUCCUCGAUCAAGCACAUAAAUUGGACACUUGAAGUUAGGCUGAACGAGCAUCUGUCAGGUUGCAGAAAAGCAGCACUGCCUCCUCUGCAGAAGUAAUUUUCAGCCAUUUCUGGCCAACAACCCGUGAGUACAGAGAAGGAAGAUUGCAUAAAGGCAAUCAUUUGGUUUCUAAAAUCACCAUUAGUUUGACUGCUAUUUCAGUAAAAGUUCAUCUGAUUGCAUCAUAAACUGUUCCAACUUGAGCACUAGCAAUUUUUAAGAAAGUCCCCUUAAAGUAACACUGUAAUACCUGAUGGUCAUCCUGUGAACAUUUGAAAGUCAAGAAGUUGGUCGGUUUUGUUUUGGAAAAGCUUUGGACAUCAACCGUAACGCUUCUGCUAAUUAUAAUGGGUACAUCUUACUCUGUACCUGCCACUGUUACCUUUUUAUGAACAUCAUCUGUAUCUUUCUUUUUGUACAUCAAGGGGAACAGGAAAAGUGGGGGGCUCCUGACCUGUCCUGGGACUGCGAGCAGACUAAAAUGGAGUAUCCCUUCUGCAGUGCAGGGAUGGGCCUGGCUUUGGGGGGAACAAACACAACAGUUGGUGCUGAUCGUUUGCCUCCGUUCAUUAAGUGGUUUCCAGCUUACUUAGCAAACUGUUAGAUUUUCUCUAGGAUAGACUAGGUGAUCUUCAGCAGUUUGCUGAAAGUUGCAUAAAGAGUCAGCUAAGAAUAUAGCAAAAAUAUUAUUUGCAAAACUAAUCACGUGUUUGCAGAUUUGUUUCAGUUUUCUCAAUUAAAGAACUCAAGUUUUCUGAAUUGGAUAAUGGUUCUAACAUGAGCUAAGGUAUUCCUACUUUUGAUUUUACUAUUUUUUUUAAGCAGCAAAGGCAUGAUGAAAAUGCUGAUUUAAACUAAAAGAAAUGUUUACAGCCAUUCAAAACUGUGAGGCCUUUUUGGACAAAGAGACUGUCUCGUGUGUUUCAAAACACAAUAAAUCCCAGGGUGCAGGAUGAAGAGCCUCAGGAAUGCAAUGGCAUUAAUUCCCUGCUUCUACACCAACUAAUACCACGGCGUCCUACCGUGACCCACGUUCCCAGGUGGAGGUGGAGUUCUCCGGCUCCUGGCACUUGUGCAGCUCCGCGGUCUCUGCCCAGCCCCAGGCACGUCCCCGAGGGACAACACAGCGGGAGCUCCUAACCCCAGCGAGGCACGAGGAGUUACCCCUCCGCUGUUCCCUGUACGAAACACGGGCAAUGCCUGAAAGGGAAAUUGAAAUCUAAUUCCAAAGAAUGUUACAUAUUCUGUCAUUUCCAUACGAGUUGGUUUUCUUUAGCAGUCAUGUGCUUAGCAAUUAAUUGUCUGGAUGGAGAAAAUCUAAACUUGUUUUUCAAAGGCUUAUCUCUGUACUGUGUAUUCAGGCAUUUUUUUGUAAAGGUUGUGACAAAUUUAUAUCAUGACAGUAAUUUUACCUGGACUUUGUUUCAUUUACCUCCUGUAUAGUAUCAGCCUUGCUGAGACAUGAAAAUGCACUAAGUCCUACAAACUUAAGUCUUUAAAAGGAAUUGCAAAUUCACAGGAGUGUUUUUCUCUGAACAAGUAUUGGGGGAAAAAAAGCCAUUCUUCUUCAUUUUUGCACUACCAGAGUUACAUAUUUGCAGUUCCUUGUGCUUUGUACGCCUUGUCGUUUGUUGUCCAGCCUUCAGUUCGAGUUUUUCCCAGAAAUAAUUUCUUCACCUUUAUUAACUUUUCCCUUUCUCUUGCAAAGGCGUAAUGAAAGCUAUGCUAGUUAUGAAGCACCUUUGUUGCCAGCAGCAGACAAUGUAACUGGGUUAAAUUUCUUCUUUAUAAAUACUUUUUUGUGGGAGGAUUUUUACUGGACAUACCAAUUUUAGAUCUGUAAAUAAACUUUUUGGUGUAUUUGUGAUAUCGCUUAAAUACAUUUUGCUGGGUUGGAUGCUCCUUUCCAUUUCAUGUUUUUGUUUAU